AGACAAUAAAGGACGGACAGUGAAUUGUUAGGUCUCACCCCAAACAAACCAAACUGCGAGCCAACCAUCGAUCGAUAUGGCCGCCGCCGGCUCCAGCACAACUGCGACUACUGCAGCUCAAGAGCGGCGGACUGCAGAUUUCCACCCAACCGUGUGGGGCGACUUCUUUCUUACUCAUGUCUUUAGUGACCAGGAGACUGUAAACGGGUGGAACGUGGGGAUCGAAGCGCUGAAGGAGAACGUGAAGGCGAUGCUUCUGUCAGCUCCCUCGACGACGCCGGAAAAGCUGAAACUGAUCGACGUGGUGGAGAGGCUUGGCAUCGGUUACCAUUUCGAACAAGAGAUCGAAGACCAACUCCGACAGAUCUAUCAUGGGAAUCAACAUGAUCCGAAUAACAAUGACAACAACGACGACGACCUCUUCACCGUUGCACUCCAGUUCAGACUGCUCAGCAACACGGCUACAAUGUGCCCAGUGGUGCACAUAUUCAAGAGGUUCCAGACCAAUGAAGAUGAAGAAGAAGGAGGAACCUUCAAGGAGGAGCUGGGGAGCGACGUGGAAGGUAUGAUGGGCCUGUACGAAGCUGCACAUCUCCGCAUGCAUGGAGAGACGAUACUAGACCAAGCCAUCGAGUUCGCGAGAGCUCGACUGACGAACUACACUACCGAGCAAUCGUCCCAAGGGCAGUUGGUUGAUGAUGAUGAUGAUGAUGGUGAUGAUCAACAGCGUUAUAAGUUGGUGGCGAAACGGGUUGCUCGUACGUUGAAGAGGCCCCUGCGAAAAGGCGUGGAGAGGCACGAGCAGCUCUUCUUCAUCCCUGUGUACGAGCAGAUGGAAGGUCACCAUCCCAUUCUCCUGAAGCUGGCCAAGCUGAGCUGGAAUUUCCUGCAACAUUUGUACCAGCAAGAACUCGGGAGCAUCACUCAGUGGUGGAUCGACUUGGACUUUGCGACAAAGUUGUCUUUCGCACGAGACAGGUUGAUCGAGGUGUACUUUUGGGGAGUGGGAGCCCUGUGGGAGCCCAAAUUUGCUGUGGCUAGGCGCUUUCUGACGAAAAUCACCACGCUCGUGUCCAUCAAUGAUGAUAUCUACGACGUGCACGGUACGAUCGACGAACUCGAGCUGUUCACCGCUACCGUUGAGAGAGAAGGAAGGCCCUACUGUUUGGACUACGGAAAGCAAGCGGAGAAGAAUCAAAUGAGAGCAUACAUGGCAGAAGCGAGAUGGUUUGCGGAAGGGAAAGUUCCGACGAUAGAGGAAUACCGGCGCCUGGGGAUCUACUCUUGUACUUACCCUUUACUUGCCUACUCAGCCCUCGCCGGCAUGGGUGACAAGGGACCAAAGGAGGCAUUCGAUUGGCUGCUCGCCGAUCCCAAGAUCCUCGUCGCCGUGGCGGAUAUCUGUCGCCUUAUGGAUGACAUCGUAUCUCACGAGUUCGAGCAGAAAAGAGGACAUGUAUGUUCGGCAGUGGAGUGCUACAUGCAGCAGCACCAGGUAUUGAGAGUCGAGGCGGUUAAUGCACUGAAUCAGAUGAUAGAGGACGAUUGGAAGGUCAUAAACCAAGAGUGUUUGAUGGUAAACCGCCCCGAUUUCAUCUCCAAGGAAGUUAUCUCGAUGUUUGUCGGGCUCGCGAGGGUGAUGGAGGUUCUCUACAAGGAUUACGACAGCUAUACCUUCUCCGACACCACCACCCAUGAAAUGAUGACUGCUCUGCUCGUCACUCCCAUGGAACUAAGUUAAGGUUGUACUCACUGCUGAGAAAUUAUGGGAAACUUAAUUGUGUAGCAACUAUGUAUGUGCUCGUGAUGUUAAUCCUUUUUAUGGUGCCCAAGAAUAAGGCUGCUGGCUAGCUAGCACUGUAUUGUCAACUCCAGCCAUACGUGUUUCUUGGUAUUAUUGUGACUCUUUGGUUUUGUGAGGGUUAUAUUAUGUGAGCUUGUUUCUAUGUUAUAAGGAAA